AGCAGACGUCGCCGGGUGAUGACGUCAGUGAGGCCGCCUGCGCCAGGAGCGGGAUCCCGUCACUUGUUGUCGCCCGUGUGUGAGAGAGGAGCCCGGUGUCGUCUCCGGUCCUCCUGCCUCAGGUACUUCUGACAGAUGGCCUCACCAGAUAGUCCUGAACGGGACCCACUGUCUCCUGAAGAAAUUUUACCUGAGCUGACAGACGAAGAGGAAGAAGAUGAUAGGGAUCAGUCUUCAGACCAUGAGCUGGAGAGAGAGGAGGAAGAGGAUGAUAUUGACCAUAAUGAUCCAUUAGAAGAGAAGGAUUUAUCCACUGACUCUAAUGAACCCUUAUCGGGCUCAGGAGAACACAUUUCACCCUUCUCAAACAAUAAACAUUCCCCAAAACCUUUUCCAGAGGAUAAAGCCAUUUCUGGGUCCCUCUUAGAACCCCUCCAAGAGUCUCCAGAUUCCCCUACAAUGGACGAAGGCAUUUUGGACAUUGCCGAAAAAAAUCAAUCUGGCUCAGAAGAACACGAGAGACAUUGUAUUAAGUCUCCUCAUCCCUCUGAUGAUGAUGAUCACUUGAGUCAGAAUAAAUCUCCUGGCUCAGAGAGUGAACCAAAUCAAGACAUUCAACACUUUACCAAAGAGGAAGAUGAUGACCACGGACGAGGCAAUGACCUUCACGACGAAGCUUCUUCUGUAACAAGAGAACUGGAUGAGCAUGAACUGGAUUACGAUGAGGAGGUCCCAGAAGACACGGCAGGACCAAACCAGGAAGAUGACCAAGAGAAACUUGUGGGUGAUGAUGAAGAUGAAAAAGAGAAAGAAGGUUCUCCACUCAAUGAGAAGAAAGAAAGUGAGAAGACUGAAGAGCCGAAGGAUAAGAAGGAGGAGGAUGAUGGAGAAAUCGAUGAAGGGGAGAUUGAUGAUGAUGACCUUGAGGAGGGUGAAGUGAAGGAUCCAAAUGACAGAAAAACCAGACCUCGGCUAACCUGUCGCUUCUUCAUGAAAGGGAACUGCACAUGGGGAAUGAGCUGUCGGUUUAUACAUCCCGGGAUGAACGAUAAGGGGAAUUAUUCACUGAUAACUAAACCGGAUCCAUUUUCUACAAACGGUACCUCUGCUGGGGUGGUUCCCCUAUCUCAAAACCCUUGGGGGGCUCCAGCCUCAGAUGAACUGCUUCCUCUAAUCCAGGACCCUCCAACAGAGAGCGCCUGGGAAAGGGGUCUCCGGCAUGCAAAAGAGGUGCUUAAAAAAGCCACAAUGAGAAAAGAGCAGGAGCCUGACUUUGAAGAAAAACGUCUCACAGUUACCAUAGGAGAGGAUGAAAAGGAUUUUGAUAAGGAGAAUGACUAUUUACGGGACUGGAAUUAUCGGAUCACCAGAGAAGUUCGAGAAACUGGAGAAGUGGAAUUUCGAGAAACAGUGACCCAUGGGUCAAUCGGUCCAUCCUCCUUUGGUGCUGUCGUGGAGGAUUUGGAGAAACCGGCUUACCGACCUGAUCCCUUUGCAGAUCCCUAUCAUGACCUUGAUAUGGAGAGAUACUGGCGUGGAGGGCAGUAUGAAAAUUUCCGUGUACAGUACACAGAGGCAGAGCCAUAUCGCUAUAGGGACAGAGAACGGGAGCGUGAUCGUGACAGGGACAGAGAUAGACAGCGAGACAGAGACCGCGACAGAGAACGAGACAGAGAACGCCGCCAACGGGAAAGAGAGCGAGACAGAGAACGGGAACGAGACAAAGACCAACAGAAAAGGAAAGAUGAAUGGGAAAGGGAUAGAAACAAAAAAGUUGAGAAAGACAGGCAAAAAGAUAAAGACAAGGAGAAGGAGAAGGACAAAACAAGGACAAAGUCUCCACUUCUUCCUAGCCGUCCUAAUGAUGCUUCUAAGAAAGAUUCUCCUGCUGCAAGUUUAUCAGCUGCUAAUCCCACUGCAUCUGCCGUGGUCCCAAAUUUGUCUGGUUCGUCAUCAGUUAAAAGGGCCGAUGAAUGGAAGGACCCCUGGCGUCGAUCAAAGUCACCAAAAAGGAAACCAGGAAACUCUGGCUCUCCCAGCCGUGGGCGCAGAAGACAUCGUACCUCAGGAUCAUCCGAUUCUGGAUCCAAUUCAUCCAGAUCCUCUUCUCAUUCAUCUUCAUACUCUGGUUCUGGAUCCUCACGUUCUAGAUCUUCAUCCUAUAGUUCUUACUCCAGCCGAUCUUCUCGACAUAGUUCAUUUUCUGGUAGCCGGUCCAGGUCAAGGUCAUUCUCCUCUUCACCAUCUCCCUCACCAACUCCCUCUCCACAUAAAGCCUCCACUAAGAGCAAAGGAGAACCUAUUGCAGCAUCUGGCAAAGGAGAGAAACUAAAUGUGAAGAAGGUUGCAACUCCCGCUGCAGCAGCUGCUGCUGUUCCAGCCACUGCCGCGCCGGCAAAACCUCCAAAACCUGUCCCGGAGGCGGCUAAAACUGGCGACAAAAGAAUUGGCCGAGUAAAAGAAGCAAAGAGGAAAGCGCCACCAAGAAGGAGAACUGUAAGCGGUAGCAUCAGUGGCAGCAGCUACAGUGGAUCAAGCUCCCGGUCUGGAUCUCGCUCACUAUCCAGAUCCUCACGCUCCUCAUCUGCAUCUCUCUCACCUUCCCCUUCUGCAUCUCGAAAAUCCAGGAAAUCCAGGUCUCUCAGUGUAAGCAGCGUCUCCUCAGUCUCCAGUGUCUCUUCCUCCAGUAGUUCUGUGCGCAGUGCUGAUUCUGAUGACAUGUAUGCUGAUCUGGCCAGCCCCAUCUCCUCUGCUAGCUCUCGAUCACCCUCUCCUUCACAGCAGAAAAAGGAAAAAGCCUCUGAAAAAAACAAAAAGGAUGACCAGCGGCUUAAGGAGGACAAGCGGACCCGUGAUCCCACAGCUGCACCGCCGCUAAAAGCAGCUCCAACAAAACUGCCAAAACCCAUUAGUGGCAGCAAAACAGCUCCUCCGGCCCCGGUUCCGCCCCAGGCUCAGAGCGGCUUCAGCGCCCACAAGGAAAUUAAGAUAACGCUUCUGAGCAAGGGCACGGAUAAGGGAAGCAGCAGAAAGCGGUAUGAACCUUCAGAAAAGGACAAGCUGGGCUCCCCCCCUGCUAAAAAAGCUAAUGUGUCCCCUGAGCGAGCAGCUGCACGAGAUCGCAAACAAGUUGGAAAACCACCAUCACCGAAAGCAGAUCGCCAGCGGCUGCCCAAUCCUAGGCCUCCCCCCUCUCAGCCUGACAGGAAACGUCCUGCUUCUCCUCCACCGAAGAGUUCAAGCAAAGUCACCAGCAUCCCAGGGAAAGCCCCAGAGGCAGCCCCCUCUGCCACCAAAACCAGCAAAGCAAGCACCUUAUCCCGCAGAGAAGAACUCCUCAAACAGCUCAAAGCUGUGGAAGAUGCCAUUGCUCGUAAAAGAGCCAAAAUACCUGGCAAAGUAUAGCAGCAGGGCUACAGGCCCCACAGGAGUCUCUAAGACAUUUUUUUUUUUUUUUAUUACUUGAGCGAUACAAGCAUCAGUGUGGUCACGGUUUGGAGCCAAUGAAUUUGUAAAACAAGGAAUUCUGCUGUUGAUAUGUGAAGAAGGAUCUAAGUGGCAGAUAAAGUGCAACCAGUGAUCUGAUGCGCUGUCGUCCGUGCUGAGGAUUUAUUUAGGGUUCAUUUUUAUUUUAUUUUUAUUUUUUUCUUGGUUAUUUUUAUUUUUAUUAUUAUUUUUUUUUUGGUCAUACGCCCUGAUUCCAUAACUGCUGUAAGUCUUAGACUCUGGCUCUGUCUGAGCCCCACUAAGAUGGCACAGUCUGCAGUCUCGAUCGUCUGAUAUCUCAACCCCCUCCCUCAUUUAUUUGAUCUUUGCCAAGAAUACAGAGGGUUUUAUUUGUAUGUAUUUGCCCAUUUUAGUCAGUAAAGAUUAGAGGUGUGGCGCAGUGUAAAAGAUGAUGCGGCGCUCUUUGGUUGGGAUUGUCUACCUGUUCAUAUUUGGGGAGGGGGUUGGGACAGGUGAUUUAUCCCUAAAAUAAAGUAUUUUGA